AAGCAUGAAAAUCAGUACGGCAAUUACUCUUACAAGAGACAAGUGGUUCUUAAGAGACGACACAAAAGAAACGUUCUGUAAAAUUUUCCAAGUGAAAUAAACAAUAUUGUGAAAUUGCUUUAAAAUAAUAUUAAUUAAAUUGAAACGCUAUGGCUGAAAAAGACGCAAGUCAAUUAGCUGCUGAGCUAAGUGCUAGCCUUGAAGACUAUGCGGUAUCCGAACAACAACAGGAGCCACAGUCAACCCACAAAAUCAAGGUUGAUAAAAAAACAUCAAAAUUAUUGGAGAAAGCCAUCAAAGAAGCGUACAAGGCUCAGAAAAUGUUGGAGAAAGCAAUUGAACAAUUCAAUAUUCAAUUGCAGCUAAACGAAGUAGAAAUUGGAAAGUCAGGUGGAAAGUGUAAACGCAGUAAACAUCAUGGUGGCAGAAAUCGUUCGCGUUCACGUUCAGGUUCACGUGGACGCAAAAGUCGUGAUGCCAGCAGUAGCUCAAGUUCAUCUUCCAGUUCGAGUUCCAGUAGUUCAAGCUCAAGUUCAAGUUCCAGUGAUUCAGAAGUUGAGAAGAAAAAGAAAGGUGGAAAACAUUGCCGCAGACGACAACAUCAUAAUAACCGUGAUCGUUCUAAGUCUAGAGAUCAUUCUCGUGGACGUUCACGUGGACAUUCUCGUGGACAAUCUCGUGGACAUUCUCGUGGACAAUCUAGAGAAGAGUCUAGAGAACACUCAAGAGAAAAUUCUAGGGAAAAUUCUCGUGAAAACUCACGCUCACGUGAUACUGCCGUAAAUAAAGAAAACAAAACUCCUGACCAUCAUCGACGUCAUAAAAGUCGUUCAAAAUCUCGUGAUCAUUCACGUACCAGAGCUGUUAAACAACAUAAAAAACAUGGACGUAAACAUGGACGUCAUGGCCGUCACCGCUCACGCUCACACUCUCGCGACAAUUCUCGUUGUGGCAAAAGGGCACAUAAGCACCACAAGAAACAUCAUGGAGAACAUAAGCACAAACAUGAACGCUGUCGUUCGCGUGCAAAUUCCAGAUGCGACGUAGAAAGGAAACAUAAACAUCAUCAUGCAAGUCGCCCACAUUCAAGACCACGCCAUCACGGUCCCACCGAAUUUGCACCAUUUUUGAUGCCAGGUGGUAUGGGUUUUCCGCAAUUGCCACAUUGUCGUCCUUUUGAUGAUUUUCAUCGUUUUCCAUUUGGUGCUAAUCGUUGCCUCACCAGAUUGGGUUAUCAUUCAAGCGGCUUUUAAGUAUAAAUACUUCUUUUGAAAUUUGAAGAGGAAGAACGAGCAAAAACUCUACGAUUAAUUAAAAAAAAAAAUUCUUUAAAAACAAAAAAUUCUUAUU